GAAACAAAAAAAAAAAUCCAAAGUUACUAUUAAUCUUGUUGGUGGAUCAUCUUUUGCCAUCGCGUCAGCAGCUAGCUAUUCCCUAGCUCUGUGAAAUGUACCCGGAUGUCACGGAUCACACGCUGAAGGAAUGAAGGUUCGGCAACCUGGAGCCCCGGGCUACGGAAGGAGGGAAGGUGGAGACGCGCGCGGCUUCGGGUGUCGCUGACGCACACACACAGGCUCCGGCUUUUCGCCCUCCUACAAAUAGGAGAUGGAGCGGCUUUUGGGCACCAUAGGGUUCUGAGCGCCAUGGAGAAGCAGCAGGAUACGGCUAUCAUAAAGGAGGGCUUCCUCGUCAAGCGGGGUCAUGUGGUGCACAACUGGAAGGCCCGCUGGUUUGUGCUCCAGGCAGACAAACUGCUCUACUACAAGUACGAGGGCAGCAAGAAGGAGUCGAGCCAGCGAGGGGUGGUGGAGCUGAGCGGCAGCGUGGUCACCUGUCCCUACCUGGAGUACGAGAACAGACCUCUGGUGCUGAAGCUGCAGACUCAGAACUCUGCUGAGUACUUCCUGGAGGCUUGCUCUCGAGAGGAGCGUGACGAGUGGGCUGCCGCCAUUGCUGCUGCUGCGAAGGCGCUGGGUCCAGCUGAUGCUCUAAACUCUACCGUCAGGUCCAGCGCCCCCAAGUCGCUGCAGCUCCACAAUGUCAGCCUGAAUCAGGUGGUGGACUCCAUGUACGAUGUUCACAAUGGCAUCAAGCUGACCACCCAUUUGGAGCAGGGCAACUCCUACACGAAUUGUUUUUCAGGUGCGGCAGUAGUGGACUGGCUGGUGUCCAUGCAGCUAGUUCUGACUCGGGUGGAGGCAGUGACGCUGGCAUCCGCGCUGCUGGAAGAGGGCUUCCUGCACCCGAGGGGUGUAAAGAGUGUGGAGGCUGUGCGCAGUGCAGGGCUUAGUGAGCAGUUUCUGGAUGACUCUACUGCUCUCUACAGCUUUGCAGAGAUGUUUAAGAAGAGGGGCAGUGUGAAGAGAGAGACCUCCCUGUCUGCAGUAGAGAUGAGUGGCAAGGUGCUGAAAAGGGGCUUCCUGCUUAAACAGGGACACAAGAGGAAGAACUGGAAGGUGCGGCUGUUUGUACUUCGCUCUGAUCCGCAUUACCUGCACUACUACGAUCCCAGCAGGGAUGAUAUCAGCCCCGUGGGUGGUUUCUCCCUGCGUGGCUGCCUGGUGUCUGCGCUGGACGAUAAUGGCAUUCCCUCAGGAGUGAAGGGAAAGGUGCAAGGCAACCUCUUCAAGAUCAUCACUCAAGAAGACACACACUAUUUCAUCCAGGCUCCAACUCGGCAGGAGAAGAUGGAAUGGAUUGAGGCCAUAAAGAGACUUACCUAAUAGAAGAUCAAUGGAUAGCAGUGAUAGACCAGUUGAAGUGCAAGUGGCAGGAAGUGUGAGGACUAAAGGAGUAAAUUAACAAGUACAUGCAUGUAUCUUUUUAACGUGUUUACUAGGACAUCUAGAGGCUAAUCGGUUUCAUUUACCAGUCUUUUCCAUGCUGAGAAUCACACUUUACUCGGUAAUCCAGAAAAACUGAAAAUCAUUUAUUUGGAAUACCAUUGUUAUUGGAAUUGGAAUGCUUCGAUACCCACACCUAACUAACCAAGGUCUUGGAUAAGCAGUGUUUGCAUUAUACAUUCUGUGAAUGUAUCUUUCAGAAUUACAGAUAAGUGAGAAAUGUUGUCAUGCAGUUUUUUUCUGUACUUAAAAUGAGUUUCUAUGCAUUUCUAAGUUGGAGCUCAGUCCAUAGAAGGAUUUUUUGAUUAGAUGUGAAACCAAGACAGGACAUCUUUUAGGUGCAAACAUGCAGGUCUUCAGGGGAAGACAAUCCACCAUAAGCCCAGGCAUGCCUCUUCCCAGCAAGCAGGGGAAGUGUACAGUGAGCCAGGAUCAGUUAGAGAUUAUUGCUCUGAACUGCACUAGGCUAGAAAGGAGAAAAUUUUAUUAUAAAUUAAUACUAACAACCUUAUUUGUCCCUGCAGAUCUGAAAUACUUGCAUAUCUUUGAUCUGAAAGUAUUUAUGCAUGCUUCACUGUAAAGUGACAUUAUGUUGUUUAUAUUUUUUUCUUUUUAAGGCAUUAUUAAUAAAGUGUAUCUCGUAAAGCAGAUUUCAGGGACAUGUGAAUCUAUGUUGUUUUGCACAGACUGGAACUUGCAGAUUUUGUACUUCUGACGUACGUGCCCAGGUACAGAGUUCUAAUAUCUUGUGAGAACAUGAACAUUAUCAGUCAACCAAAUUCUGGGGAACACAGUUUUGAAAUAUUUAUUACCAUUAUUAAAACACCCUUUGCUUAGUGUUGUGCCCAAUUCUUACAAGAGUGCACACGUACAAAACAGUAAAAACUUGAAAAAGAGAAGAGGGGAAAAGGGACAUUUAUUAUUUCAUGCACUAAUGCUGGUGCCUGAGUUACUGGCUCAGUCUACAGGAGCAGGAUAGAGGAAGGCAGCUGGCAGUGAGAACUGGGUGAACAGAUCUAAGCUCCCACAAUGCUUUGGGUCAGAUUCUGCCUUUGACGGUACCCUGUUCAGAUGGUGAACUUUCAAAUAUUUUUGGAAGUUUGAAAGCUUGCAAAAUGGGUUCUGAGUUAUAAAAUACUAGAGAGUAUUAUCAAACAGUACCCAGAACAGGAUGUAAACUGCAUACUAAUAUGCAUACUAAUAAUCACAUUUCUAAUAAUGUGUAUACUAAUAACAACAUUACCAGGUUUUACCUUUAGUUACCCUUUAACCCUAUCUCAUACAGCAUGAAAAUUUGCACAGAGAUAUGUGUCUCUGAGCACUUGGGUUUGCGAAUAUAAAUAGGGCACAUAGCAAAGCUACACGGACAUUCUCUGAGUCUGCUUUACAUUAAUAGCCCAAAAACUCGUACCUUCCAUUAGUUCCCACUUCUGUUUACCCCAUGCUUUCUUCCUUCAGUAAUUAUAGUCGAGUGCAAAACUUUGGGCGCCCCUGGACAAGUUAUGAUUUGUUCAUUUUCUAAGUGAAAAGUUAACCGCUGAAGGGAACGAACUACAUAUUUCUGCAACAUUUAAUGCACAGUUCUUAUUUAUUUGCUGAAUUUAAUAAAGUGGAGAAAAAAACACUGCGGCAUAUGCAAAAGUAUGGGCACCCUAUCAGUCUGUACUUAGCAACAUGCUCUUUGGCAGAAAUCACAGCCUUCGAUCAUUUCUUGUAGUUGUCUUAACAGUCUAACUAUUCGUGCUUUAGGAAUUUUCCCCUAAUAUUUUCUGUGCCACUGGCUGCCCCAGAACCUGAAAGCACAACAGAUGAAACCCUGUGCUUAACAGGUGGCAAGGUGUUCUUUUCUUCAAGUGCUUCUUCUCUUUUCUCCAAACAUACCUUUAGUGACUGUAACCAAAGAGUUAAAUUUUUGUUUCAUCAUCAAAACACCUCUGAUUUAUCUUAGUGUUGUUAUGCAUGAGGUGACAGGGAAGGUUUCCUUCUAAUGACUUUUCCAUGAAAUCAUGAAAUCAUGUUUGUGCAAGCAUCACUGCAGUGUUCUGAUGCAACACUACUCUCAUGCUGGAUAAACCUUCCUGCAGGUCCUUUGCACUGACCCACGCAUUUUGUUCCGCAUACCUGAUCAGUCUACGAGCAGUUCGAUGAAAACAUUUUCUGGUCUUCCAGAUCUGACUAAAACAGUUUUCCUUAGCUUCCAUUUUUUAAUGACAUUUCAGACAGUGGAAAUAGAAGGCAGUAAGCAUUUCGAUAUCUUUUUAUCGCUUUUGUCUGCUUUGUAAGAAUUAGGUAUCUUUAAUUAAUCUUUAUUUUCAGAUUCAGAGUGAGCUGCUUUGAGGAGCCCAUGGCUGUUGAGAGUAAACACAACACUCGGGACUUAGUCAGAGAAUAGUCAGAGAAUUUGUUACACUCUGGAAUUGUCUUCACUUGACUUAGAUUAAGGCCUAAUGAGUCAAUUAAGUUGUGAGACCUUAUAAAAAAUAACGGUGAUGGAUCAGCCGGAACAGUGCCCAAACUUUUGCAUAUGCCACAUUUUCUGUUUUAUUUUUCCAAUCUG